AUGGAUUCUAAAAAAACUGUUGAUGAAAUUUUGCCGGACAUCAUUCAUGACCUUCUUUCAUAUGACGAAUUGAAGCACAAAAAAGUUCUCGAUCAAUAUUUCGUCGAGAAUGCCAAACUCACGCACCCGCUGUUGACGAUUGAAGGCACAUAUAACAUAAGAAAGGUGUUUCGUGUAUGGACUUCGUUAAACGCCGAAGAGCCGACAAUAGGGGAAACUUAUGUUAUCGAUGGCCAAACGGCCGUGGUGCACACAAUCCAACACUUUCGACCACGCAUCAUGUCCUUCAUACAUCUACAAGUCCCCGCGAUCACCACCCUAAAAUUCCGGAAAACCGAAGACGACCGAAUAAUUGAAAUCUACCACCAAGAAGACACGUGGACUCUCGAGGGCUUAAUUCAAAGUGUGCCAAUUGUGCAUUGGUGGUAUGAGAACAUUGUGCGCGUCGUCAUGGGAAAAUUAUUUAGUGGCGUCGGAUCGUUUAUCUAUACGGCGAAUAAAGCUUCUUCGCGUUUGAAUUCGAAUGUUGGCGAAAUUAGGGUCAUGUCGUCGGAGGUUAUCGCCCCGUAUCAGCAACGAGCCCAGAAGAUUAUUUCGCCGUAUUCGGAACAGGCGACAAAGUUUGUCGAGCCGUAUUCGGCCACUGCACGAGAUAUUAUUAAUAAGGGGUCGAAUAAGGUGCAUGAUUUGACUGUAAAGACGAAAGCUAUUAUCGAGAAUGCGCAAGAGGAAGUUAUUUCAAAGAUUUCGCAAGUUAGAGGUUCUUCUUCGCCGCCACAUCAUACUCCUUCAUCUCCCACCACUCUUACUUAUCCA